AUGUUAGAUAAGGUAAGCAAAGGCCUUCAGUACUACUUGGCCAACUAUGGUCCUCUGGCAAGAAUUAUAAUCACCGACGUCAUGGAUUCUUUCGGCAUCGCUAAGAACAUGCAGAUGGCCAUUCCUAUUAUCGUGAAGAUGCUGGUCAUUGGCGUCUACGGCGUGAUGCAGUUCGAACCCAGCCUCUCAGGUUUCCAGAGAACCAUUCAAUCUUCUUACGUUUUUCUCCGCCAUUUCAACACUCCGGAACUGCGUAUGGUGAAUGACAUCACAGACAGGGUGUUUGAUGUGAUUGACGACUCGGCUUUUGUGGUGUAGUUGGAGUUGGAGAUGGAGUGAUGAUGAUGUGUGGUGAGUUGGAGAGAAAAUGGUAGAUUGUGUGAUUUGAAAAAGAAGAAAAAAAGAUAGUGUGAUGAGCUGAAAAGUAAAUGAUAUAUUGUGAUCUAAAAAAAAAUAUAUGAUAGGGUGAUGAGUUGAA